UAAAUCUUGAUUACCGGGUAUUAUCAAAGGCUCAUUUUCUGUUUCACAACAUCUCAUUGCUAACAUUAGUAAUUGUUCAAGUGUAUUGUACCUCAAAUUUGAUGGAGUGUUCACAGUUCAAGAAAUUAAUAUCAUAAUCUUGAGUUCGUAGGACGAAAUCAUUUUACAUUGACGAACUUCUAACGACCACCUUAUGAUCACUCGAGUCAUUGAGUGGAUGUAUUUAUAAAAAUUUCAAAGUGCUAACUGUUUCGUAAUUUUGAUAGUUGCAUUAUAAAUCAUGUACAAUUGAUCUUUAUAACUGUCGACAUCAUGAACGAGCGAGAUGAAAGUGUUGAAGGACUCGUAAAUGGCCAGAGAAAAAUUCCGAAGGACAGGUUCAAUCUUGUUUACUUCGUCCUUCUACUUCAAGGAAUUGGAACUGUGCUACCUUGGAACUUUUUCAUCACAGCACAAGCAUACUUCUCUACAAAGUUGAAAAACACAAAUUAUCAAGAUGAAUUUGAGAAUUUUUUUUCUUUGGCUGCAUGUGGACCACUACUGCUUGCGUUCCUUUUAAAUACCAUGUUUAAGCACAAGGCUCCACUUAAGAAAAGAAUCAUUGUUCCAUUGAUAUUGAUGAUAGUGAUCUUUAUUGUUACAACAAUAUUAGUGAAGAUUGAUGUUCACAAAUGGAAAGGAUUAUUUUUUGCCAUCACUUUGAUUAUCAUAGCUUUAAUCAACGCUUUUGGUGCAGUGUAUCAAGGAGGAAUUUUUGGUCUUGCUGGCAUGAUGCCACCUCAAUACACACAGGCCUUGAUGACAGGUCAAGGUGUUGCUGGCAUAUUUGCUUGUGUUGCCGAUAUCUCUUCUAAAUUAGGUAGUGCUGAUCCGUAUGAUAGUGCUUUCUGGUACUUCUUGACUGCUGUAGUUGUGCUGAUCAUAUGCAUGAUAUCAUAUCUUGGUCUUUAUAAAAUAAGAUUCUCAAAGCAUUUUCUUGAUGGCCAUCGGGAAGCAGUAUACUGUGCUGUGGAGAACGAUAAAGUGGAAAAUAACUUUCCUGAACAUGAAGUAAAGCUAGUGAAAUCGGUGCCCCCGUUCAAACUCAUUAUGAAAAAGAUUUGGCACCAAGGUUUGUCUGUUGUCUUGGUGUUUUUGGUAACAUUGGCCACAUUUCCUGCUGUCUUGUCUGGCAUCAAAUCUGAAAACAAUGGUGAUGGCUCAGAGUGGACAGGAAAGUUUUUCACACCAGUGGUAUGUUUCUUAUUAUUCAAUGUUGGUGACUUUGCUGGUAGAGUUAUUGCUGGAUUCGUUCAGAAACCUGGACCUGAUGGCUAUUGGAUGCUUGGUUGCACUAUCUUGAGAUUUGUUUUUAUUCCAUUGUUUGCUUUCUGCAACUAUCAGCCACGGAGAAGUAAUGCAACAGUCUAUUUUAAAGAGGAUUACUGGCCAGUUGUGUUUAAUCUUCUCUUCUCUGUUAGUAAUGGAUAUCUAGGCAGUCUUUGCAUGAUGUAUGGUCCAGAUUUAGUCGAAAGUAAACAUGCUGAAACUGCUGGAACAAUAAUGGCCUACUUCCUUGCUAUCGGUCUUGGGUUAGGUAGUGCUUCAUCAUUUGGCAUCACAGAGUCAAUAUAAUUUAAAAAAGAUUUAAUACCAUAAUGCAAAUCACUCCAGCUGUGUUCGUUUACCAUGUAGACCACAACAUGGAUGAUCUUUGUUACCAGGAUAAAGUGUUUGGGACAGUGAUGACAUGCCCUCCUUUACAAUGGUUGCUCAUUUAUUUAUUGACACCAAUACAUUAGUUCAUUCAUUUUUGAAAGAAACUUGUGAUAAUUACAUUUUUCAAAUGAGAGAAAUAAAAUUUUUUAAAUUUUUUUUGA